GAAUAGCGCGGCUUUAGAAUGUGUUGCGUCUGAAGCAUUUGAAAUCCUCACGGUUUCAGCUAUCAGGUUGUCUGGACAUUAUAAUUUUGCUAUUUGCUCUCGAUCUCUUUCGUCAUUGAAUCUUACUUCACUCUCUUGUUUUCCUUUCCAAAUUUUCUCACUGUUCACUCCUGCAAACGUCCGUCCGCACCAGACGUAAACAUACCGGAGGCUUGAAGUCGCACGUAUUCUGGUCACAUGUUGAAGCAGAAGGAAGAUGUACUUCUUAUGGUUAAGCACGUACGGUAUAAGAAAGUGGAUGGGACCCUGUAUGUUAAUUCAGGAAGAGUGGCUUGGCGUAACCAAACAUCUGAUAGUUUUCGCAUCAGUGCAAAAUUCGAAGAUAUUAGAAUACAGCGUAUUAGUCCGGACCAAAAAGAAAAAGUUCAACUCCAGUUAUUAAUGCAUAGCGGGGAGUCUUUCACAUUCCAGUUUUCGGAUCCUGGAGGCAGAGAGAAACAGCUUGAAAUGCGUAACAACGUGAAGGCAAUGUUACAAAAUUUGCUACCCAAAUUUAAAGACAAGAUCGUUAGGGUUUGCUGUGCAACGCGUCGUUUUAAAAGUUUUUUUAGUGAGAAGUUGGAGAACUACUAACAAUAAUUUUCGCAAGGUGAACUGGACCGAAAAUCCUUAGAGUUCUGCAUAAAAGCGAGUCAGGCCGACAUUCGCACGUGUAAGUUGAUUGGUGUUCCCGAUCGUCAGUAAAUUUUACUUGUUGACUACACAACAUCCGGUAAUCCUGUUUCACCGCGUACAUAGUUAACUGCUUAACUAAAAAACAAACCACGUAACAGUACUGUUACAAAGUUAUCGUAAUUCCUGUCUAAAUGCAUUGUGUUUCUUCAUCUGGUUUCAAGACAUAAUUUUGUUGUUCUAUUCAAUAUGUGCGAACAAAACUCCAAGAUUAUUUUAGGUUAAUUCGUCGUGAGCUUCGUGUAAAAUGAAGGCUAGUGCCCUUUAGUUCAAAUUGUUUAUAAAGGUUCAGUAGAUUAAACCGUUUCACGUUUUGAAAUAAAACUAGCGGAUCAUUAUACCACUUCUUAAGUGGGAUAUUGGUUGAUUUUUGAGCAAUCUGAUCGGAUAGUCCAAGUAAUUGGGGUACAGCAGGACACCAAAAACGUAUAUGUCACACAAGUAAGAAAAUGGUGUUGUGAAAAAGUUUUUCUCCGGAGAAAAAAUUCUCACAACCCCCUUGUUCUCUUCCCAUAGGAUGUCAUUUAUAGCAGUGGUGGAAAGUAAUUUCACUCAGUCGAUCUGUCAUAAUCAUUCACAUACUGACCACUUACAUUUCACUAUAACUCGAGGUAUGAUGAUGAUCCAGGUCUCAAAACAUCAUGGAAAUUCGUUUUCACCAAUUUUCUUACCCCUUCUCAUCAUUUUUUACUAAUGCAAUUUCAUUUUCAUAGUUUGCUGUCAGUAUGAUGCUACUGUGAUCAAGGGUCAGUGAUAAUGAUUCUAAACUUCUGAAAGUCAUCUAACCUGUUAGACACAGAAACUCUGAUUAUUCAGUCGGUAUGUAUGAUUAUGAAGUAUCCAUCUGAAAAAGUUCUAGAUCGUAGACUUAAGUUAUAAUCAUACAACGACUGAGAUGAUUGUUUCGUAUUUUGUCUAUUUAAAGUAACGGACUAUUCCGGCUUACUUUGCCUCCUAAAACUGAAGCUGUCUUUUCAGAGCUAGUCUUUUAAUCUAAGUUAAAUGAAACGAUCUGAUAAGAAUUAGUGACUGGAGACCUUAAUUGACAUGGUUCAGAAUAAUGGUUCACCAUAGUGUGUAUCAAUUCGUUCCUCACGUUCAAAGUCGUAUCUUAUUUCUUGUCGUUUAUCGUCCCUCUAUCACAUGUAUCAUUCUUAAUUAUUGUAAGUAUUUUUCUGUUUACGCUGCAUUACUCUGUGCUAUUUUUGAAGUGUUUUCGAUUGCAUAGUUGGGCGUGUUGUUCUUCAUUAUGUUAUCUAUCCGUUUAUCACACUGACAACUCUAGUUUUUACAGACUCAGUACAACUCGUCGAAUAUUCAAAACAUAUCCGUUGCAGUUCAGCUCUAUUUUCCACAGAUAUUAUUCAGUUUUCUCAUCAUUCAAACAACUCAUUUCAGUGUGUUUAAUUAGUUACCACCAAGUCGUUUACGUUUUAAACAUGCUUUUCAACCGGACACUUACAUACUUUCUUGUUCUCCAGGCUCAAGCCGAAUUAAAGGAAAAAUUUCGACUCCUUGAAUCAAACCCUGAGAUUCUGGCCUUAUACAAAGAAUUGGUUGUUAGUGGUAUACUUAGCUCUGAAGAGUUUUGGGCUCGGCCAGAAUUCUCUCAUAAUAAUUUUAAUUCAUCACAGUGUCUGAAUAAUUCCACAGUUAAUAACAAAGCUUCUGGGACUACUGGAACCUCAGAAGCAGCCCCUAACAGUACAAAUAUGUUAUCUCAAAAUAAUCCGUCAAAUGGUCCUACUAGUCAGAUUUCACGAAGUUUUCAGUUAGACGAUCGACCUCAAGUUAUUGGAGUCCCAAGUUGUCUUUUGAGCGAUAUCAAGCCUGAAGCGGAUGGUGCCAACGGAAUAAAAUACAACCUUACUCACGAGACAAUCAAUGCAAUAUUCCGAGCCUAUCCUACUGUACGUGAUAAACAUCGAGAAAUGGUCCCUGAUAAAUUAUCUGAAGCUGACUUCUGGAUAAAGUUUUUUCAGUCUCAUUAUUUUCACCGUGACCGUGUUCAUCUUCCGAAAAAUGAUAUAUUUGCUGAUUGUGCUGGUAUUGACGAUAAACUUUUACUCAGUGAUAUACGGAAAUCAAGAGUCAACCGGAAUAAUGUCCACCUUGAUUUACCUAAUCUUACCGAUUACGAUAUAGGACAAGGUUAUGGGACUGAUCAAAUAUCCGGUCCGACAAAACAAAAAUCAGCUGACUCAGAUCAGAGUGCAGAUAAUACAUUGAAUGAAUCAGUAAUCCCGAGCAAUUUAUCUGCAAAUCAGUUGUUACUUCGUCGUUUCAACAAUCAUUCGAUACUUGUUUUGAAAUCUCUUAGUUCAAAUGACGUAUCUUCAUCAACUAAUAAUGUAUCUCAAAAUCCGAAAGAUGUGCUUAACUCCUGUCCGUUAAAAGACCGCGUGUACGUUAAAGAACUGGUAGAAGAUCAAAAUCCUGCAGAAAUCCAGUUAGACCUAACUUGUGUAACUGACUAUUUAGAGGGUCCUACCCCUAGUAUAGCUGGUAAAGCUACAAAGUUAAUGGAUCCAUUAUCAGUUACCCGGCAAACAGAUACUUCUUCUCAUGGAUUACAACUAGAGCAGUCAGUAAAGAGAUGUAAGAAUAUGAUGGUAGCUGCUUAUCACAUGGGGAAAAAGCCAGGUGUAUCACUUUUAACUGCACUUGAAUCUCAACAAGCAUUGGCAGAUGUCUCACCUGGUGGUUGCCUCAUCGGUGGGAAACUUAAUGAACGUUCGAAACCAUGCGACUUAAAUAGUGAUCAAUCAUCUUUACGCUUGUUUGAGCCAGGAAGAAACAAUCGUAUUUCGAACUCUCCGAAAGUGUCUGAUGAACACCAUGCUAAUGACGAUGUCAAUCGUGGCCCGCCACUACUCACACCAGAACAGGUUAAAGAUUUGUCACUUUUAUAUUCUAGUGCAGCUGAACUCUUAAGACAUUUCUGGGCAUGUUUCCCUGUAACAACCCCACAGCUAGCUGAUAAGUUAGAUCGUGUUGCUGCCAGUCUUACUCGUUUUCGUACAACCAAGGUGAUCCACUUCGCUGCUGGUGUUGAUCCGUCUUUGAUGACUAAGUCAGACACAUAUUCUUCUGAUUCAUCCGAACAUCUACCUAACACAGGAAAUUCUGGGCCUAUUUCUUACCGCUCAAGUGUAACUAGUCACCUGGAAUCGAUGCUGGACUCCGCUCAAAAGAAGUAUUCUGAAUGGAAAACUCGGCAUUCGCAAUAAUGUAAAUAUCUGUACAGAUCGAAUUUUUCGGGAUUUUGGUUUGCCAUUUUCUGUCUCCAUUCCUGUUAAUUCGUUACUCUAAAUAACUACUGUUUCGUGGCAUUAUGCUGAACUGUAUAUAUUUACUCUCCGGAUGUUAUUUGAACGAUUCAUUGACUGAUUUUUCGCAACAACUUU